AUGGAUGAUUAUUCUCAAUCACAUAUAUUCCUAUCAGCAUUAUAUUUUGUAUUUUCAUUUGGUGCUUUGAUAGGGUAUAGGAUUAAACAUGUUUGGGAAAAAUAUGCAAUUGGAUUUAUGUUAUUGGUUGUAUUGGGUGGAUUAUUAAGAGCAGUUAGCUUUUUAUUGUAUAUAUUGGAAUUAAAUGACGUUAUACAUCUUGGUGGUAAAAUAUUAAAUGUAUUUAGUGUUUUACCAUCAUUUCUUUUUAUCACUGCAUAUACUAUAUCUCUUAUUUUAGGAUUAAUUAUAAAUGAAAGAAAAAGUUCACAAAAGGGAUCCAAGGUUGAUCUUUACAAGAGAGGAAUACUUAUUUUCAAUAUAAUCAUGUAUGUGGUGGUACUUGUUUUCAUUGUAUUGGACUUUUCCCUAGAUACCUCGGAAAGCAAUGUAUCGGUCAACGAGCCAACCACCACCAUGGAAUCUGCACUCCAACUUUUUGAUGCAAUCAUCUAUUUAUCAACUCCUAUUUUUAUUUUUGUCGUAUUUUUUAUAAUUAUUAAAAAAGGUACAGCACCAGAACCAUCAUCUGAUUUGAAAACAAGACAGGUAUUUGCCAUCAUUAUCGUUUCAGCCAUUGUAUGUUUUGUUUUACGUGGUGUAUUGGUUAUUGUAACAACCUUUUAUCCAUUAAAUUAUUGGUGGAAAGAUGUAGUAUAUUAUGUCAUUUUGGAGGUACUACCACUUAGUUGUCUACUCUAUAUUAUGAGUACCCAUGAAAGCCAGAAAUAUUUGCAAGGUAGUCCACCUCUAUUGGGUGAACAUUAUAAUAGACCUUAUCAAUAA